AAAGUUUCUUCCUUUUUGCCCUUUAUAAUUCCCACUGUCAUGUUUAUUUCCCUUUGCUUUCCCCAAAACCAAUAAAAUAAGACAUGCAUGAUUUGUAAAAAUAAAAUAAAAAUUGGUUUAACAAGGAAAGCAAGAACUUAGACACAUCACUUGGUUAGUGACAAUGGGUUUGAUCAGCUUUCUUCUGAUUUCAGCUAAAAUUUUGCUCUCUUGUUCUUUCUGGAUAUUUUGCAGACCAUCAGUGACAUUGCUGUGUCCUCUAUAUGCAUCAAUUCGGGCGAUAGAGAGUGACAAAGAAUCCAGCUACCAAAAGUGUCUUCAAUAUUGGGUCCUAUUUGGAUUAACCACAGUAUUGGAAUUGACUCUUGCAAAGCCUUUGACAGGGUUCUCGUUUUGGCAUUAUGCAAAAGGAUUAGCAUCCCUCUUGCUCGUACUGCCUCAGUUUGGUGUUGCUUCUUAUGUGUAUAUGAACUUUGUUAAGCCAUGUCUUUCCCCAAAUCCACUCAUAGAAUAUGUCACAGAAAAGAACGAGUGCAUGCCCAUGGAGCGAAGUUGCGCAGACUCUUCACUUUCAAUGCCGCACCCGCGUCGGAUUCUCCAAAAAUACACUACUUUUGGAGAAUCCGACACACAGCUGUUGACAUGUUUUAAGAGUCCGAGUAACAUAGUCAUGGAGUGCAGUGAUUAUGUUGCUGCAGCAUCCCGACAUGUUGAACAGGAUAAAAAGGACAACCUGCAAAGUUUCGUUAAUUAUGAGGCUGAAUCUUCUCCUAAAUGUGAUCGGACAAUUUAUCCUAAGAAAGUUCAAAAGGACUGGAGCUGCCCGCUCUGUCUGGUGAGCGUCUCCAGCGAGAAAUGUCUAAAGCAACACAUCAAAGGUAGGAAGCACAAACUGAAGGAAGACGAAGAAAGGGAACAUGAAAUGAUCAUGGCAAGUAAAGAAGCUAAACUUGCUUCAAAGUUGGAGGGAAAUUAUUUAAAAGAUUUACUUGAGAGUUUGAACCAGAUAAAAUCUCUUAAGUUUGUGGAAUUAAGAGGCUUUAAUUUGCCUAUUAGAAGACCAUUUAGGUUCUGCACUUGGAAAAAGCCCAAGCCUGGAUGGACAAAGCUAAAUACAGAUGGAUCUAUAGACCGGAAAAGAGCUGGUCUUGGUGGUUUGCUUCGUGAUUAUGAAGGUGCUGCUAUAUGUGCUUGUGUCUCUGAAGUUACAUGUGACGAUAUCUUCUUGGUUGAGUUACUGGCUAUAUGGAGAGGUCUUAUGCUUGCUGUCAGUAUCGGGAUCAAAAUGAUAUGGGUAGAAUCCGACUCAAUGAGUGCAGUGAAAGCUAUUAACAAAGAGCAACCACAUAAUCAGAAAGCUGCUAGGUAUCUCCAACACAUUUGGAAAAUUUUGAACAAGUUUCAGAAGUACCAAGUCACUCACUCGUGGCGUGAAACAAACCGAGCUGCUGAUUAUUUAUCAAAGAUGGAAAUAUCAGGAACUGACAUUGUUAUGUGGCCUAGAGAUUUCCAUAAUCCCCUUUGCAAAAUUAUUGCUGAAGAUGCUGAAGGAAGCUUGUACAUUAGACGAUAAUCCAUAAGUCUAUCAAAUGUGGCUCGGUAAAAUUAUUAUAUACAUCAGCUUUUUGUUGCUAACAGAAGACUACCACCUGGAAAGUUGCAGGCUUGCUGUACAUUAUAAGGUAAGUAAUUUUUGUUUCCUAAGUGUCGGUGCCAACCUGUACGCACCUUGACUAAUCCACU